GACGAGGUUUGGGGCCACUGAUUUGAGAAUAUUUUAGUUUUCCCUCGUCCAGCUCUGCGACAACCUCAACCAAACCCUUUCUGUGGAAUUGUCGUUGCGAGGGUUGAGUGGCAUGUCGCAGAGCACGGCGGGUUCAGUGAGCAAUGCGGUGGAAUUCGACCUCCCCGACGAGAUUCUCGCCGUCAUCCCAACCGACCCUUACCAGCAGCUCGAUCUGGCUCGUAAGAUAACCUCCAUGGCCAUCGCUUCCCGUGUCUCUGUUCUCGAAGCCGACACCUCUCGCCUCCGGAACAAGCUUCAAGAGAAGGACCGAAUCAUCCACGACCUCGAAGAACGCCUCUCCUCUCUCACUCGCGCUUGCCACCAAUCCGACUCCACCCUCAACAACGCCCUCAAUGAUAACAUAAAGCUUACGAAGGAGAGAGAUCAAUCGGCAGCAACGGUGAAGAAGUUAACUCGAGACCUUGCCAAGUUGGAGACCUUUAAAAAACAACUGAUGCUGUCUCUAACUGAUGACAAUGCAUCGCAUACUGAAGCCAUAGAUAUUGGAACCUGUGAUCAAGCAGUCCCAAAGGCAUAUCCUGAUAAGGAUGAUGAUGGUUAUACGGUACAUCAUUCAUACAAUGGCCCUGAAGAUGCGGAUAAAACAAAUCAUGAAGCUUCCAGGUAUUCAGGGCAAAGGUUUUCUUUGACCCCAUAUAUCACACCACGUCUUACACCAACUGGAACUCCAAAGGUGAUUUCAACGGCUGGGUCUCCUAGAGGAUAUUCUGCUGCUGGAUCACCCAAGAAAACUUCUGGUGCGACCUCUCCAACCAAACUUCCAUAUGAUGGGCGUGGAUCUCUCUCUUCAUGGUAUCCAUCUAGUCAGCAGUCAUCAGCAGCAAAUUCUCCACCUCGGGGACGAGCAGUUCCAGGUCGCACUCCAAAGAUUGAUGGAAAGGAGUUUUUUCGUCAGGCAAGGAGUCGUCUUUCAUAUGAGCAGUUCAGUGCAUUCCUUACCAACAUAAAGGAAUUAAAUGCUCAGAAGCAAACACGGGAGGAAACAUUAAGAAAAGCAGAUGAGAUAUUUGGGUCCGAUAACAAAGAUCUCUAUUUAUCUUUUCAAGGAUUGCUCAACCGAAAUGCACGCCAGUACUGAAAGCAGCAUUGCUUGGUAUUGUACGAGUUACUGACCCAACUUGGUUUCUUGGACAUGAUAUUGACUCUUUCCUCCCUGAUCCAACAAUAACCAAAAUCAACCAAGGAAGCACUGAUCUGAGCCAUUGAAUUCGAGAAUAUAUACUUCAUCUAGGCCUUGUGUUUGUGUUUUUUAUUCCCCGUUGCUUGUGUAUAUUCAAACUCGUCAUUUCUCUAAAUGGCAUGCACAUAUAGUUAAAAUGCUGAGUGGAUAUUGCAAGAUUUUGGUAUAUGGAAAAAGUGCGAUGGGAAAUUUUCUAAGAUGAUCUGCAAAUGCAA